AUGUCCAUGGGUCACAUCAUCCAUUUCUCAUCAGAAAGCAUCGAUAAAUCAGGAGAGGAUCCUGUUGUAGCGGCACUGAGGCCUUAUACUUCUCCAGACAAAGACGAACCCAAAGAAUCAGCUGAACUAUUUCACAAGCUCUUCGGAAAUUUUUCAGGAAAUAAUCACAAACCUGAUUCAACUGAUGACGUAUCUUUACUUGAUCACUUGUAUAAUGUAGAACAUAGUUAUGAUAUUAACGAAACUCAAAGGUUAACUAUGGAUGAUAUUUUAAGUGCUGAUAUUACCAAAGAAAAUUUUUCUAAUGACACAUUAAACGGUACGGAUAAUGUGACUAUGAUAAGGCCAAGUGUGCAUGAAGAUGUGGUGACUAAGUUUUUAAGAUUAAUCGAAACUCAACAUUUGUUAGGAGAAAACUGUACAGCCGGGACACAUUUAAAUUUAGGAGAGGGUGUUGUAGAUAGAUAUGCUCAAGAAAGGUUCAGAAUAGAAGCAGAGGUAGCAGUAAACAGAGCUAAUAUGCUGACCCGAUUAUGGAAAUAUGCGGGACCAUCUGUAAUGCAUAACGAAUAUUUACUUCACGCAAGCGUUUUUUCUAUGGUCGAGUUUGACGACGAUGUAUUCGCAGCUGGAAACUGUUACGAUCAGUAUCAAUAUAAAGAUUACCAACUUUUUUGUCCCUUUGCUUACCGGCUGCCUGAAGGACCAAUAUUGGCAAAAGAUUUGGCUGUGGAAUACAAAUAUUUGAGCAAUACGUCGGAGUGGUUUUACAUCGCACGCAAAAACGCUGAACGCGUGAUCCGAAACCAUAAUCAGUUUAGACGAGGUUAUAAUACGUAUACUUACAACGACACUACGCACACUGAACGGGAGUUUGACGAGAUACUUUCAGUUACUUACGAAGACGGGAAAUGGUCCAAACCAUAUUACGAUUGCGGUGGAGGAAAUAUUUGGAUGUUAACGUACACAGUACCAUUUUUUGGAUACAACAACGGAACCUACUUUUUUAAAGGCACAAGCGGCAUCGACAUUGAUCUACGCCGCGUCGAUAUAGACCAGUGUCCAUUGAAAGCCGGAUCAACGCAGCUGAACAUCUUUGCUGGAACAGACAAGUGUAAGAAAAAAACCACAGAGUGCAUCCCUGUGCCUGGUCUGGGAUUUCGUCGGGGAUCUUAUCGCUGUGUUUGUCGACGAGGGUUCUACUUUCCAAAUACUACCGCAGAACAUAGGUUUUAUAAUGGCAGUGACAUUGAAGAGGAAUAUGAAAAGCAUCUCUUGCACCAGCCGACUCUGUAUUCUUUAUCAACGGAAUUCGAGUGCCUCCCUUGUGCUGAGGGCUGUGAGGCAUGUAUGGAUGGUUCACCUUGCGUCGCCGCAUUAAACUGGGUUGUCAGAAGCUCCAUAUUUGCGUUGGCGUGUUUUGUUAUAUCAUGUCUGCCCUUUAUCGUAUAUUUCACAAUCAAGUACGGACAUGUUAGAGUCGUUCGUGCCGCCAGUCCCGCUCUACUCAGAGUAAUUGUGCUUGGGGCCCUCCUUAUCUACUGUACUACACUAGUAAUGUAUGGAAGACCAACGGUUUUUACCUGCACAGCGAGGGUUUGGUUGCGAGAAGUCGGCUUUUGUCUCACUUACGGAGCUUUGAUGUUGAAGACUUGGAGAAUAUCAGUGAUCUUUCAAGUAAGAUCAGCUAAAGCAGUAAAAAUAUCAGAUAUGUAUCUCCUACGGCGCAUUGGAAUCAUCGUUGGGGUCGCCUGCGUAUUACUUUCUAUUCGGACGUUAGUCGCACCACCAGCCGUCAUCGUCGGCCGCACUAAAGAAGACCUCAAAGCAUACUUAUGCAACACAGAUUGGUGGGACCACUCAUUCACAACGCUUGAAGUCAUUUUCUUAAUGUGGGGUAUCCGGCUAUGCAUUAUGGUUCGAAAGGCGCCUUCGGAGUUCAAUGAGAGCCGUUUCAUAUCCAUGGCCAUUUAUAACGAGUUUUUGUUAUCGGGUUUUCUAAAUAUAUCAAUGUUAUUUUUGCAGUCGCCAGCGAAUCCGGACCUCCUCUAUAUAAUAUUUUUCUGUCACACACAGCUUACCGUAACUUUGCUUUUGUGCUUCAUCUUCGGGAGUAAGGCAUAUAUGGUUUUUAGGGGACAUGGAAAAGAUGAAAAGGAGAAGGCGGGCAAAUUCCGAUCGAGGCCUGCUGACUCCACAUACACGAUGACAACAAACAACACCCACUUUUGUGAUAAUAUGUCCGAAAGAGAAUUGGAGGAGGAAUUCAAGAAGUUACGCAAUCAACUGGACAAGUUACGGGAACGUUGCGGGUCCACCUCCAAUAUAGCGAGAUGUAUCAAUGAGAUGCAAGAAGCUGCACUAAUGCACGAACAUAAGACAAACGUGUCAGAACAUUCAGCACCACUUAGAUUGAACACAGUUUUUAAUGCUGUCGCGGGUCGACUUAUGUGCUCUGUUACACCGGGAGAAGAGUCUACCAGCAGUGGUAGAGAUGUACCAUUUGAAGCUCCACCAGCAUAUAGACACAAACCAUUUACACCUAUAAAGAGUGGCGAAACUAGCAAUGCUGAACAAAGUCAAACAGACGUCACGACUGAUUCCCCGAAAAGAAAAGAAACUCAGGAAACUAAAGACGAAAAACAAAAUGGUGUUUUCAAAAUAUCCGGUGAAGCCAACUGCAGUGAUGUACGUCCUCCAGAGGUUACAAAUAGGAACGUGCCAAGUACUAGUGACAGAAGUGAAGCAAGGUCUAGUCCCAGUAGUUCAGAAACUGUCAAGGGCGGGGUAAGAUCAGGUCACGCGAGGACUCAUGCGAUAGUUAUUAAUUUGGACGACAAAAGUCGUUUCACUGAAGAAGUGACCGUGUAA